CGGGAACAAGGGCUUAAAAGGGCAACGGCGGGAGGCGGUUGCCUAGCAACGGCGCGGAGCCGUGGCCGUUGGCGCUGUGAGGAGGCGCCGCCAUCCCCGGCUGGGGCCGUCCCGGCGGGCACCGAGGAAGACCUGUGGACAAGCAAUCCAAAAUAAUGGUGAGUCAGGAAAGGCCAAGCGUAUCUAGAUGUCUUGAAGAACCACGUUCAUCAGAUGAAUUCAGCACAUCCUCUAAAGAAGUACUUAAGCCCAGUAACAUGAAAAUGUCUGAAGUUUCUGCAGUCACGGCUAAAGCCGACAUCAAGCCAAAAUCCAUAUGCCAUGCCAAAAAAUGGUCAGAUGAGGUAGAGAACUUAUACAGAUUCCAGCAAGCUGGAUACAGGGAUGAAGUUGAAUAUAAACAAGUAAAACAAGUUGAUACGGUAGAGUGUUGGCCAGAAACUGGAUUUGUUAAGAAGCUUCAGAGAAAGGACAAUACCUUCUAUUAUUACAAUAAGCAAAGAGAAUGUGAAGACAAAGAUGUUCAUAAAGUGAAAGUUUAUGUAUACUAAUUUUGCUACUUUCCAAAGUUCGUAUAUUCUUUUUAUAGAUCUUUUUGUUAGUUAGGAUCUAUAAGUAAAUGAGACUUUUGUACAAUCCAGCAUUUAAAGUAUAAAUGUCAUUCUUGGAUAGAAUGGGGAAUACAGAACGUGUUCCAAGUAAUUUGAUAUCAGAAGGAUAAAAAGCUUCAAAGGGACUUUGUAUAUUUGGUUUGACUCUGUGCAAAGUCCAUUAUAAGUAGACUCGUUAAUCUUUACUCUGAACAAUAUAAUCUUGUUGACACCGGCUAAUGUCAGCCACAGUCUCUUGGUAUAAUGAAGGGCUACGAAGCUCCAAGUCCCAAAGGCCCUUGGAGAGGAGCUGCAGUAACAAGCAGAAAAUGUUCUUGUUUUAGUUUACUGUUUAUUUAGUUGUUGUUCUGUCAGAUCUGUUCCCCAGUAUGUUUGCUUAGUGUAUCCCUUUUUUCCCUUAGCAGCCCAGCUUAGGAGUCCUCCAUCAGACAGCUCUGCUCAAAUAAACAUUCUCACAUAAACAUUCUCACACUCAGUGUUUCCUUAUCAAUCACUGAGACUGACCAGGUCUGUUUCUUUUGAUUGUUUCCUCAUUUGGAAGUCCCUGAUCAGAUAACCCUGCUGGAAUAAACAUUCCCACAUGCCAUUUCUUUUCUUAUUAAUGAGGGCAACCCACCAAGUUUGUUUCUGGUCAUUGUCUUUGUUAACACCAAUGGGUCAGGAUUUCUUUCUGUAAGUGCUUGUUCCUUUUGUUUGCCUCAUCAUCCCAAUUUUGUGAGGCCCUUAGCCAAUUUUACAUUGGUAAAUAAACUGUCUCACUUGCCACGUA